CACCAGUAAACCCGCAAGUUCCGCACAAUGACAAAUAUAGUAAACAUCAUGGAGAUGUAUAUAGAAUAUAUGAAAUAAAACGAAAACGGUUACCUUGGUCUCGUUAACUUUGUGAUAUUCCAAUUUCCAAUCGGUAUCAUCAUCUACUAACGUUUUCAACAUAUCGAAAUCGCUAUCAUCCGCGAUUUUCACUAUACCCGGCUCCAUUUAACUGCAAAGAAUAUCUGCCAUUUUAAAAAAAUAGUUUUAGGUUAUAAACUCUUUCGACUUGAAAAGUAUCAAUUUUCAACUGCUACGAAGUGCUUCAUGAAGAACUAUUGAUUUUUAAUAUAGUGUUUUCUAUAAUGAGAGCUAAGUUUUCGGAACCGUAGACGCGCUAGUUGUGUUGUCGUUCGUCGACAUUGUGUAUAUAUUUAUAAAAGGUUCCGCGCGACGUCAUUCCAGAUUUCAUUUGUAGGUGGUUGUACCGGGAGACUUCAAUAUAUUUUAUAUCGAAGGUAUAGAUAAUUAAAGAAAAAUGUGUGAUAUAAACACCGGUUGUGCUGCACUAGAUCAAAAAGUAGCCGAAUGGCUAUUUUUCGACAAAAACGAAACUACUGCGAACGCUAUAAGAAGUCUUUUAGCCGAAAAGCAAUUCGAUGAAAUCAAUAAAUUACUAUGUAAACGAUUAACUUUUGGAACGGCGGGAUUAAGAGGAAAAAUGGGACCGGGAUACGCAUGUAUGAAUGAUUUGGUUAUUAUUCAGACAGCCCAAGGUUUUUUAAAGUAUUUAAUCAAAAGCGACGAGAAUUUAUUAAAAGAAAACGGAAUUGUAGUAGGAUACGAUGGAAGACACAACAGUAGAAGAUGGGCUGAAUUGACUGCGGCAAUAUUUAUUCACGCUGGAUAUCCAGUUAAAUUAUUUAGUACAGUAUGUCCCACUCCGUUCGUUCCCUAUACUGUCAGACAAUUCAAAUGUGCUAGUGGCGUUAUGGUGACAGCAUCGCACAAUCCGAAAGACGAUAACGGUUAUAAAGUUUAUGGACCGAAUGGGGCUCAAAUAAUUUCGCCAGUCGACGAACAAGUUCAAGCGAGUAUUUUAGAGAAUUUGGUACCUUUAGAUACCUCGUGGGAUACGUCAAUUUUGUCGAGCAGUUCGUUAUUGAUGGAUCCGCUGGCAGAUAUUUUUUGUCGUUAUACCAACGUGAUAUAUACAGAGAUAUCGGAAGAAAGUAAAAAUCUUAACAAAAAAAUGAAUCUGUUGUUUACUUAUACGCCUAUGCAUGGAGUAGGAUACAAGUUUAUCGAAAAAAUUUUCGAAGUGAUAAACGUGAAAUUUAACGUUGUCCAGGAACAAAAAGAUCCUCAUCCCGAUUUUCCGACUGUCAAGUUUCCAAAUCCCGAAGAGGGUAAAGAAAGUUUAGAUUUAUCAUUUAAAACGGCCGAUUCCAAUGGAAGUACGAUAAUUCUAGCUAAUGAUCCGGAUGCCGAUAGAUUAGCGGUCGCAGAAAAAAAUCCUCGAACUGGAAAUUGGAAAGUUUUCAAUGGUAACGAAACAGGAACAUUACUCGGGUGGUGGAUCCUCAACUCCUUCAAGAAAAAAAAUCCCGAUUUACCAUUGGAUAAGAUUUACAUGCUCUCUAGUACGGUUAGUUCUAUGAUAUUGAAAACCAUGAGCAAAAAAGAAGGCUUCAAAUUUUUAGAUACCUUAACGGGAUUCAAAUGGUUAGGAAAUAAAGCGUUGGAAUUAGAACAACAAGGAAACAAAGUUAUAUUCUGUUUCGAAGAAGCGAUCGGUUUUUUAGUUACGACAGAAAUUUUAGACAAGGAUGGUGUAUCAACGGCAGCACAAGUAGCAACAAUGGCUUCCUAUAUUUAUAGUCAAAAUAAAACUUUGGAUGAUCAACUUAAUGAAAUUUUCGAUAUUUAUGGUCUUCAUAUUUCUUGUAAUUCUUACUAUAUUUGCCACGAACCUGCCAUUAUCAAAGAAAUAUUUACUCAAAUUAGAAAUGCGAAAGGAAAAGAUACAUAUCCACAAUCAAUUUUGAAUGGUAAAUACAAAAUAACGUCAGUUCGAGAUUUAACUACAGGGUACGAUAAUAAUCAACCAGAUAAUAAGGCGAUUUUACCAGUAUCUGCAGCUAGUGAGAUGAUAACUUUUAAUUUCGAAAACGGUUUAGUGUGUACUUUAAGGACCAGUGGAACUGAACCGAAAAUUAAAUAUUAUACGGAGAUGUGUGCGACGCCCGAAAUUAAGGAUAAACAACAACUGAUAAACAUUCAACAGGAAAUGGUGAAAGCGAUUUGCGAAGAAAUGUUGCAACCUAGUAAAUACAAUCUUAAACCGCAAGGUUCCUAAUUUAUUAACUUUACGAAAUAAUAAAAUGUAAUGGAAAUUCUA